UUUCGCAUAUGCAGUCUAAGUACAAUUCAUAGUUGGGUACACUUUCAGUUUCUUGAUAGGUACUUGUAGACCGGUGCUAAUUAUUCCUUAUUAACCGUGGUUGCGAUUCAGAACAUUUUUCUGUGUGGACUUGUGAUAAUUUUUCGCUUUUUGUGGUGUCGUCAGAAGUUUUUUUUAUCACAAUGGAGUGCUUAUGGGAAGAGGCUGGAUUUAUUAUUAAUCUCGCUAAAAGCAAUCACACUGAUAUGACUGAUAUGGUGAAAAUUGUAGCUGAUAGAUACCAAACAGUGCUGGAUAAAGUUAGUGAUCCCAGAACAACAGAUUGGCCAUUGGUGCAGAGCAUGUUUCCCACUAUAACCAUGGUCCUAGGAUAUUUGUAUGUGAUCCUCUUCUGGGGGCCAACAUUUAUGGAAAAUCGGAAACCAUUUAAGUUAAAAGAGGUCCUCAUAUUGUAUAAUGGGUUUCAAGUGUUAUACAGUGUCUUCAUGUUAUAUGAGCAUCUUAUGAGUGGUUGGUUCUGGGACUACAGUUUCCGGUGUCAGCCAAUAGACUACUCGACUGACUCUAAAGCUUUAAGGAUGGCGAAUUUGUGUUGGUGGUACUAUAUUUCCAAACUAACAGAGUUUGCAGAUACGCUAUUUUUUAUCUUAAGGAAGAAAAAUAACCAGGUGACGUUCUUGCAUGUGUACCAUCACAGUUUAACGCCAAUAGAAACGUGGGUGCUCGUCAGAUUUUUGGCAGGAGGCCAUGGAACGUUUUCUAAUUUAAUUAAUAAUCUGGUGCAUGUUAUUAUGUACUUUUACUACAUGGUUGCAGCGAUGGGCCCAGAAUAUCAAAAAUACGUCUGGUGGAAAAAACAUUUGACAACGUUACAAUUGCUCCAAUUUGGACUGGUAUUCGCCCACUCUGCUCAACUCAUCUGGCUCGACUGUGGAUAUCCCAAAUGGGUGGGAUACUUCCUUCUUAUCCACUCCACGAUAUUUUUCGUUCUAUUUCUGAACUUCUAUUUCCAGACGUACAAAAAGAGUUCGACGCUCAAACAAGUGAAAAAAGACUAAUUAAAAAUAUAGGAUAAUAGGUUAUCUUAUUUAUUGUACAGUUUUAUAGUAAUUUGUAUAAAUGUGUUGUGAUGGAAGAGUAGGUAAUAACCGUAUCUUGCUAUGAAAGGAAGGAGCCGUAAUAAAAUCAAAUCAUAUUUUACUUGAUGCAUCUAAAAAAAAUUUAAAUGUAAUGUAAACUUGAACAAAAUUUCCCCAUUACUUAUACUAUUGGAGAAGCGAGCAGAAACAAUGGUAUACAAGGAUAUAAAUUAAUGGGAUUUUUUAAGACUCUAUGGUGCCUUGUAGCUGUAACUUUUAACUUGUAAAAUAUACAUACAUAAUCGUUCCUCUUCUACCGUUAGAUGUUGAGGGAAGUGGUUCUAGCCUUUAAUGAAUUUUCUCCACGCUUUCCUGUUUUUCGCCAUUUGUGUUGCUUCUUGCCAAGAUUUGCUCUUAUUUUGUUAUAUCUCAGCUAUAUCUCUGUUGAAUUCUUAUAGUGGUCUGCUCUGUAUUCUAUUUCUAUUCUGAUUUUUCUUUUCAUUAUUUUUAUACCCUGUUAUAGAACUAUAUAUAGAGAUAUAUCCCUACACAUAAUAGGAAUACGAAUAUGUCUCUAUAGUUCACUAGUACUUGUGCACAGGUACAAUUAUUGCUUUUGACUAUUCUCUAGGUAAUAUUUUUUUGUUCUGUUUUAGAUGUAUAAAUAGGAUGUAUACUAUUUUCUUUAUUAUUCGCCAUGAUAGAAGGAGGGGGUAAUGGCAGUUAAAACACCACGCUUGCCAUGCAGGUUGGUUAGUUCUUAUUCAGCUGUCCAUUCUGCUGGGUCAGAUGCUUUUUGUAGCCUCUCAUUCUGAGACAGACGCUACUGAUUUGUGAUCUUAUACUCUCCCUAAAAUCGACGGUUGCCAAAUCCGUCAUCUUAGCCGUACCGAAAGUAUUUUUCGUCGCCUUGGAUUCCGUUCUGGACUUCAUCCUGGACAAGGGACCUUUAGCAGGUGCUAGCUUCCCGGGUCAAGACGCUCCUGGAACCUGCGGGGGCAGGGAUUGAUUCACUUUCCCUGAUAGGACUAUCCAAUAAAAAAUAUAAUCCAAGGGACUCCAAUGGAAUUCCUACCCGCCACCCGCAGAUGAUGAGAUGGGCAGAUUAUACAGGGUGUCUAGAAACUCUACCGACAAACGAAGACAGGAGAUUUCUCAGAUAAUUUUAAGACAAUUUAACCCAAUUCACCUAGUCCGAAAAUGCUUGUUAAGGGAGCUAGAGCUCUUUGAAGAUGGCGUCAUGAAAUUAGUUUUUCUUAAAUACCUCCAGAAUGCUUCUAUUUAGAAAAACGAAAAUUGGUAUGCAUAUUUACUUUUCAGAUAUGAAUCGAUUCCAUUCAUUGCAAAUUUCUAGUACCGGUCAUAGGCGUGCGUUUUGGGUAGAGUAACGGGUAUUUUAUCGCAUAACUUUUUUGUCCUUAACUUUUAUGCAUUUUUGACACCGGAUUAUUAAAUUGUGAGAUAUUCUAGUACUAAAAGGUACUCUUGAUUUAGUUCGGUAGGACACACUGUUUUCUAGAAAAAUCGAUUUGAAAGUUUUUAGUUUUUGGAAUUUGAAAAAAAAUUGAAAGAACUUUUCAACAAAAACGAAGUAUUUUACCAACAUAAAGUAAGAGUAACUUUUAGUACUCGAAACCUCAUAAUUUAAUAAUCUAGUGUCAAAAAUGCUCAAAAAUUCAAGACAAAAAAGUUAUGCUAUAAAAUAACUGUUGACCUACCCAAAACGGACGCCUAUGACCAGUACUAGAAAUUCGCAAUUAAUGAAAUCAAUUUAUCUCUGGAAUAUAAAUAAAUGUACCAGUUUUCGUCUUUCCAAACAGUUUUUUUUUUUAAUUUUUUUUUAAUUCAAAAAGCGAAAAGUUUUCAAAUCGAUUUUUCUAGAAAACGGUGUGUCCUACCGAUUUAAAGUAGGAGUACCUUUUAGUAUAAAAUACUUCCCAAUUUAAUAAAUCCACUAUCAGAAAUGCAUAAAAGUUAAAGAUAAAAAAGUUAUGCGAUAAAAUAACCGUUGCCCUACCCAAAACGGACGCCUAUGAUCGGUACUAGAAAUUUGCAAUGGAUGAUUAGAUUUAUAUCUUGAAGAUAAAUACGCGUACCAAUUUUUGUUUUUCUAAAUAGAAGCGUUCUGGAGGUCUUUAAAAAAACUAAUUACAAGACGCCAUCUUCAGAGAGCUCUAGCUCCCUUAUCAAGAUUCUCCAGUCUUCGUUUGUCGGUAGAGUUUCUGGACACCCUGUAUAUCAAGAAGCACGUGGGCUCUAGGUGGAUAACUAGAGCGCCAGACAGAGUAGACUGAAAAAGGAUUGAGGAAGCCUAUGUCCAAAUAUGGACCGAAGAAGGCUAAUUAAAAAGAUAGAUAGACUAUUUUCUUUGCUUUUUCUACGAAAUAUUUUCAACUCUUCUGGACUAAGUUCAUCGUUUCCAGGAGCUUUCACAGAAUUUGUCUUUUCUAUUGCUUCCUCUAGUUCUUCGCCAUGUUCACUUUUGUUUCUUCAGAUUUUUCCUGUGAUCCGCCAAUUACAUUGUUUGCAUUUUCCUUUGUUUUUCCUUGCUUUCCGUUCAACGUUGUUCGAAAGGUUCCCUCCAUCUUUCCAUUAUAUACUUGUCGUUGGUUAAUAUGGUUUCAUCUGUGGUUAUCAUUUGUCUUAGCCUUAUUUCUUUGUUGCUUUGUAGUUUUUCAGUGUUCUAUAACACAAUUUUACAUUUUUACACCGCCCACCCAGAAUAUGCGACUCUUCAUUAUCUUGGGAGAGUUUAACAAGAUUUAAAAGGCAGCAUAAGCAAAAAGCUACAACUUGACAUGCACUAUAAGAGGUUAUAUGUAUAGUCUUAAUUCAUAAUACAUAGUUUUCUUCUUAGUAAUAGGUGCUGUAGAUGAAACUGUAUUUUAUAUUUUAUUUUCUUUUUAUUAAAUGUUAGUAAAAAAGUACAUGUAAUAUUAACAACAUUUAACCUAGUCAAUAGUUUAAGAUAUAGUGUACAUUUGUAAUUUAGAAUACAAGGGCUGCAUUUUUUUCUAAGACCUUAAAAUUUUAAAUACUCCGUUUUUACACUUUAUAAUAUUCACUUUCAGUAAAAAAUAUUUAGUUGGUAGCAUUUAUUGGUACCUACAUUAUUUUACUAAUAAUGGUCACGUGAAUGAUACGCUUCGCGUCGGUUCACUUCAAUGCUCUCACAAAGUCUUCCCUGAUGAGACGUAAACGUCGAAACACGUGUAGGAGAAUGGUGAGAUGAAUUUUGAAAUGAAUCGAAAUGCAACCAUAUAAUAUUUAUUUUUUCGAUGUUUCUCUAUUUCAAAGUUCUUAUGCAUGUUCAUUUGAUUGUGUAAAUUUAAUUAUUCGUUGACAGUGUGACAGUUGUCUGUGUAAACUUAAUUACGACUAUUACUAAGGCGGCCGAUAAGUACUUAGCCCUCAAAAGAAAAACGAAAGUUUUGGAAAAGUGGUGAUUUAUUUCUGAACUUAGUCCUUUUUGCUCGAUAUACUUGACCCUGCGAUGCUCCACCUUCUUUAACCAGUCUGAAAAAUACCUUUUCUCGAGGUCUGCAAAGUAGGCUUCCGUGGCGGUGAUGAACUCUUUAUUCGACUUACAUUUCUGCCAUCGAGUGACUUUUCAAGUUUGGAAACAAAAAGAAGUUGUACAGGCCCAAAUCUAGAGAAUACAUCAUCAUCAUCAUCAUUUGGCUCUACAAAUCUAUGUGAGUCUUGGCCGCGUUUACUAUUCCCUCCAUUGUUUUCGGUCCUGAGCAGCUAUUUCCCAUUGCUGUACUCCCAUUUUGCGUAGAUCACUGGCUACUGCGUCCUUCCAUAUCUUUCUUGGACGACCAACUGACCUUCUGCUAUCGGGCCUUUCCCAAAAUGUGGCGUUCAGAAGUCUUUCGUCACUCGAUCUUAGCACGUGACCCGCCCAUCUCAUUCGGUUUGCUUUGAUGUAGCGUACUAUGUUUGCAUCUCCAUAUAUUGUCUGGAGUUCAUCAUUGUGUCUUCUUCUCCAUUCUUCUGUUGUCUCUUCUCUGCAAGGCCCAUAGAUAGUCCGCAGUAUAUUUCUUUCAAGCACCAGUAAUUUUUUUCACUUUCAGGGACUUUUUCAUGGACUUUCAGAGUCCAUGUCUCGCUUUCAUACGUUAUUGUGGGACGAAUUAUUGUCUUAUAUACUCUCGUUUUUGCUAUCUUUGAGAGUAUUUUUGAUUUAAGUACGGUAAUUAAUGAGUAAUAUGCCCUGUUUCCUGCAAUGAUCCUGGCUGCCACGUACUUUUCAUAUUUAUUCUCAGCUGUUAUGAUCGCUCCCAGGUACUUAAACUCUUUGACGACUUCAAAGUUGUAUUCAUUAAUUGUUAUGUUUUGUCUAACCCUUGGUCUUGGGUCCUUCGUAAACACCAUGUACUUGGUCUUGUCCUCGUUGACCUUAAAACCAACUUCCUUGGCUCCGUUCUCGAAUAGGGUGAAAACUUCUUUUGUGUCUCUGGUGGAUUGUGCAAUUGUGUCCACGUCAUCCGCAAAGGCCAAUAGUAUUUUUGAUCAUAUGGCGGCAAAUCCGUUUGCCAGUUGUGGCUGAGCUUUCCUUACUGCAUAUUCCAGUGCGAAGUUAAACAGCAAGGGGACGAGAGGAUCUCCUUGUCUAAGCCCGGUCUUAAUGAGGAAUUCCUCCGACGUGGUGCUGCCAAUUCUGAUUCGUGCGGAAGCGUUCUCCGUGCUCACAUGUGCUAAUCGUACCAGCUUUCCAGGCACUCCUAUUUCUACCAUAGUCUCCCAAAUCUAGAGAAUACGUUGGAUAAAACAGUUUGUAGCCCAAUUCGACCAAUUUGGUCAUGGCGAUGGCGGAGGUGUGACCCGGAACAUUGUCAUAAUGUAGACAAACAAACAAAUUCGGUGUCUAAUCAGGCUAAUGAUGCGGCAUAGGAAGGCCCUGUGAUCGUUUUGCCCUUUUCCAGAUAGAUCACACCUUGUGAAUCCCAGAUAAUGGUGGUCAUCGCCUUUCCAGCCGAUUGGACAGUCUUCGCUCUCCUCGGAGCACGUUUGAGGGGUGACGUCCACUGUAUCGACUGUUCCUUGGAUUCCGGUGUAUACCAGUGGAACCAUGUUUCCUCUACAGUUAUGAAUCAACGUAGAAACUCAUUUGGAUUAUGUUUAAAUAGCAUCAGACACUGGUCUGAACGGGUUUUAUGUUUGCGUUUAUUGUUUGAAGUUCGAAAAUGCGGCAGCCAUCGCGCCGUCAAUUUUUUUAUGCCCAAUAUUCCAGGUAGGAUAUAACCAACGAGAUCUUUUGUGAUGCCUAGUGUCUCAGCUAUCUCACGCACCUUCAGUCCGCGGUCUACCAAUACAAGAUUGUGGAUUUCUUACACGUUAUCCUCAGUGGUAGGUGUUUUCGGGACACCUGGGAGUGACUUAUCAAAAACCGACGUUCCAGCACCUUGAAAUUCGUUAAACCAUUUUUGACGGUUUCCUUCGAACGAGGAGAGUCACCGUUUACAGCAUUCAAGCGUUUUUAGAUUUCGCUGCGGGAUUUCCCUUCUAUAAACAAAAGUCGAAUCAUCGACUGAUAUUGCUCUUUUUUCAUUUUUCUAAAAUCCCCAAACACGCCCGCUUAUCAUCAUCCAGCCUCAAAAGUCCACUGCUGAACAUAGGCCUCCUCCCCUCGUUUCCAACCCCAUCUAUCCUGCGCCGCUCUCAUCCAGUUUUUAUUUACCUCUCUUAGUCGUCAGUCAAUCUUGUAGGCGGUCGACCGACGCUUCUCUUGUCUUCUCUUGGCCUCCAUUCCAAUAAUCUCUUCGUCCAUCGCCCAUCUGUCAUUCUGGCUAUGUGUCCUGUCCAUGUCCACUUCAACAUGGCUAUCCUCUCGAUGACGUCAGUCACCUUUGUUCUUCUCCUGAUUUCUUCGUUUCUGAUUUUGUCUCGCAGAGCUAUUCCUAACAUUGACCGCUCCAUUCUUCUCUGCGUGACUCUUAGUUUGGUAGCCCGCUUAUACACACGGUCAAAACAAAACUACGAGUCUACGAGUAUGAUUUGGCUGAUAUUUUGAUAUAGGUCUUCUACAAGAAUUACACGAUGAUAGAUUUCUCUUGCGACAGUGGCGCCAUCGAGUAGAGAGGCUAAGUACUUAUCAGAUCACCCACGUGGUUAACCAUAAGUAUAACAUGGGUCGCCCACGUUUUCUCAACUGUCAUCAAUAGGACUAACUUCACGCGUAACUUUGAUACGAGAAUUAUAAAAAAAAUAUGCAUUGAAAUCCAGAUCCCGUAAUUCGUUAAGCGUGAUAAAGUGAGUACAAAGACAUACCUAUUUGUUUCUUUGUAAUUACAGAUUCAAUUUACCGUACACUUCUCGUGACUCUGCCGAUAAGGUAGAGUCGUAUUGAGAAAACCUGGCGUGCCCAGUAUCACUGCAAUUAAGAUUAAAAACAUCAACAAUAAAAGGUUAAACGAUAUUAUUUAAAAAAAGAGUAUUUAAAAUGGGUCAAUAGAGGUAUUUUUGGAAAUUUACAAAAGUUAUAUUUGUAUUAAAAGAAUAAAAGUUAAAAAUCGGCAUAUGAAUAUUGUCAAAUUUUCUCUGGUAAUAGUUUAGUUACCACUUAAGUUAGGAAUAAAAAUAGUAUUGUGAAAUUGCUCAAUAUUUUGUAUAUUAUCUGGAUCAAUAAAAAAUAAAACAAA